AUGGGUAUAAAAAGUGCGCUCAAAAUGGAUCAGGCAAAAUCAGGAUCAAUGUUUCUUGUUCAUCAACAACCGGAUAUUUUAAAUAAUACCGGAGAGGAUGGUUUAUUUCCAAUUAGAGAUGAAUGGUUGGAUAUAUCAAAUCGAAUUGAUGAUCAUCCAUCUGCCGAAGAAAUGGCAUAUAAUUCAGCUAGUCAAAUGGCAUAUUUAAUUCGUGAACGACAAAAUGAUGAAAGUUGUAAAUCAUCCGUUGCUGCAUGUGAUGCUUAUACAUCGAUGUGGCCACAAAUUGAUGGUCUUUGUGACUUAUUUUUUGUAAAAUGUUUGGUUGAAGUAGCUGGUAUGAUUUGUCGUAAUUAUACUGAAAAAGAUAUUUUCAAAUAUGCGCCAGAUUUAUGUGAUAAUAUAUCUGAUUUUUGUACUCAAAAUCGAGAAGCAACAAUUUCAUUCUGCUGGGCAUAUCUUUAUCAUCGAUAUGGAGAAAUUUCAAUGAAUCCGCAGCCACCAAAAACAGGAUUUAACAAAUUUAUAGAAAGUUUCAUUUAA